UUGAAGGGGAACUGACGUCACAGCGCAGGCGUCACCAACGCUGUGUUUCGUCGCCGCUUGACGGUAUGUGGAAGGUAGCAAUGUCGGAUGAGGUUGGCAAGGCGAUACAGGCGGUGCUGGAGCGGGUGAACCAGGCGGCGGCACGGCGGCCCAAGACCCUGCCGGCUGUGCCCCCCCGCCUUGUAGCUGUCAGCAAGACAAAGCCCCCAGAGAUGAUCGUGGAGGCCUACAGGCAAGGGCAGCGCAACUUUGGGGAAAACUAUGUCAAUGAACUUGUGGACAAAGCUUCAGAUCCUCUGAUUUUGGAAUCAUGUCCAGAAAUCAAGUGGCACUUUAUCGGGCACCUGCAGAAGAAUAACGUCAACAAACUGUUGGGCGUCCCCAACCUCUUCCUUGUGGAGACCGUUGACUCUGCGAAACUGGCCGACAGGGUCAACAGCUCGUGGCAGCGCCUCAGAGGAGCCGGUACUAACAGGUUAAAAGUCAUGGUGCAGAUCAACACCAGUGGAGAACAUAGCAAACACGGCCUGCCCCCAGAGGAAACGGUCGACACAGUGAAACACAUCAUGUCUAAGUGCUCGGCCCUGCACUUCUUAGGACUCAUGACCAUCGGGCGCUACGGCUACGACCUCGCCCUGGGCCCCAAUCCGGACUUUAAGAUGCUGCUGAGUCGGAGGCAGGAGGUGUGUGACAGCUUGAAGCUGGCCAUGGAGGAGGUUGAACUUAGUAUGGGCAUGUCCAACGAUUUCGAACAUGCGAUUGAGGUGGGCUCCACCAACGUGCGAGUGGGUAGCAUCAUCUUCGGCAACAGGGAGUAUCCCAACAGUGCUGCAAACACUCCAAAUCCCAGUCCGGCCCCCAGUCCGGCUCACAGCCCUGAGAAAACAGCCAAGAUGGUGACAGAAGACGCUGCCAAGAAGAUGCAUCUUCUCACUGUAUCUGAACACUAAGAAGAGCUCCUCAAGAUACAUGGGGCAUGGAGGGGCGGGGGCGGGGGUGGGGGGGACAACCAAGCAAAGCUUCCAGACUUCUUCAAAGUUUUAAAACGUAUUAACGUAGUCUUAACUUUUGUGUGCCCUUCCAGCUCUUCUAAGCUUUAGUGGCAUUCAGUUCAGAUCUAGUUGCUCUUUUUUGGACAAUAGCGUCAGCUAGGUGGUAACUAAACAUUAGUGUUGACCACAUGGAGUCAUUUACUGAAGACUAAAACUACUGACAUCUUUACUUGUUUUGAGUUACGAGGAGGAUUUGUUGUGCUGAUGUUGUUUUCUAUUUUUCCAACUCAGCAUGUGACAUUAUUGAAACGUUCAUCCAAAAGGUCAGGAAUUCCACCACAGUACGAUGUACCGUUUUUAUUGUACACUUUAAACAAAGACUUGAUUUAUUUAAUAAAUCAUUUGUCCCUUUAUAAUGACA